UACGUCUGAUACAUUCGGGAACAUUGAUACCUUAUUCGAUCAAGCCUACUUUGCGCUCGAAGCAACCAGUCUCAAACACUAAACUCUAUAAAUUUGAAGACCCGUGUAAUCCGGUUUUCCAGCCUGGGUAAUCGAAAAUGCAGCGAGUACCUUAUGGAAUUUGGCUUGUCUUGUUGAUAAGCGGGUGCUUGUCAGAGCAGAUUGGAGAUGCUGAGACGGUGGAUGAGCAGGGGCAAAUGAUGAACAACAGGAUCCGCGAUCAGGUCGUGCAGGUUCAGGUGCCGGCUGACGGGAGUCUCGACCAGGGGGGGCAAAUGGGGAACGUGGCUCCGAUGUCGGGACAAAAAACUGGAGAAGCCCCCGUUUACGGUCUCAUGAAGUACUUCUCCUACCUGACGCGCUCCUCCACUCAUAACACUCAAAUGAUGCAGGUUUUGAAAAGUAUAGUGUCCGAGGUGACGGACACGAGAAUAAAAGUGGAUCAGAUCAACGACAAGUUGGACAUGGUGCUCACUCGAGUUACCGUCGUCGAACCACAGCAGGCGCAGGAGCAGAAACGAACCGCAUUCAGUGGAUUUAAGCUAUUCAAAUGAAUUUCAAGAUCUUCAAUCGACUUAUGGAAACUUUUGGCAUUACUUCAUCGUAUUCCUCCUUUGUGCACCUCUUGUGGGUGUAGUAAAAUUGUAAAGAUAUCAGAGGAAAGUUUUUUUUUUAUUUUAUUUAAUUUUUUUAUGUGGUUUUACUUAGUUAUUUCUGCCCGCAAUAGUGGAAACAUACACGUUUGUCGGUCACAUAAAGUACAUAGAAUCGUAAUGUGAGUGAGAGAGCUGGAACCACUUCUAAGCAUUUUCCAAGUCCCGAAACCUUGUGUGGAUAUAAAGUUAAGAGGUAUGAGCGAAUGAGGUAAAAGUAUGAAAUAUUUAUUUUGGAAAAAAGACACAUUGUUACUGUAAAAUAAAAUUUAUUCAACGGUAAUAAAAAUCAGUUCACUUUGAACAAGUCGAGAUUGAUCGCUUUCGAUUAACUCAUUACUUAUCAAAUAAAAAAUUAUCACAAUUUUA